UGGACACACACACACUAACACACAACUCAACCCAACUGGACACAGUGACAUCACACACACACACAUCAUGCUCUGCCCUUCCCAGCAAAGCCAUCCAUACAGACUGGAUACAGAAACACCUAUUACACAGCUCAUUGGAGACACUCCUGAGAGAAGCUCUACUACUCUACAGUCUGAAGGCACAAGCUGCUCUGAACAAACACUCUUUCCCCUGGAAGGUGCAGAAGCAGCAGGUCCCCAGGGACUCUCACACACACUCCUGCACUCCUCCGGCACCCGUGGCGCCCCACACACACCCUCCAGCAGAGUCUCCGAUCAGGAAGAACCCAAACCCAGACCCAGACCUCCUCUACAAGGAUACACUCAGUUGCAGCAAACAGGUGGCACACACACCUGCCCUUCUGUCCUGUUAACUGGUGCAGCACAGCCAGCCGCUGAUAGAGAGCACAGUGAGAGUGUGUGUGAGAGUGUGUGUGAGAGUGUGUGUGAGCCAGACGUAUCUGGAGAGGGAGGAAACAGAGUUCCGUUCCACAGGAAGGAGUUGUGGCUUUACAGCAAGAAACACGAAGCAGGAUCAACAGCCUACUGGGACCAGGCAUCAUACGACAGACAAAGGAGCCAAUCAGCACAGCCGGAUAGAGAGGGGAGCCAAUCAGCACAGCCGGAUAGAGAGGGGAGCCAAUCAGCACAGCCAGACCAAAGUGGGUGGAGUCAAGAGUCACAGUGCCAGUCUUCAGUAAAGGAGGCGGAGCCAAUCCCCUUCCUCUUCCCUCGAACCCGCUCUCGCCCCCCCCAGGCCCCCGCCAUGCCCACGCUGCCCGAGGAGGAGGAGGACUCGCCCGACAGCAGCAGCAGCUCCCCCACAUCAUACACUCCUACUCAAGGUAAAGCGGAAGGCUGCCGUGGGCUUAAUUCUCCACAGCCCUGUCUCCCCAGACAGGCCGCCGCCAGCUGGCCCAGCCCUCCAAUCCCGACCUGUCUCGUCCGCCUGGCCAGAAACCUGGCCUCCCUGGGAGUCCCCAUCACCACUGUAGACUCUGAGGGCCAUGUGCUGGACCUGCUGAAGGAUGAUCUGCCGGAGCCUGCUCUGAGUGCAGAGGAGCGCAGUAGAAACCUGCUGCUGCUGGAGGAGGCCAAGAGGGUGAGCGAGCGCUUUCUCACCCGCAGGGGGCGCCGCAGCACCUGCAGCCUGUCUGACUCUCCUACAGGUGCCUGCUACAAAAGCGGUGUCGGCGGAGAUUGCUUCGUGGAGGUGGCAUCUGCCGUAGAUGAGUCUGAGGGAACCAGGUCUGUGGCAGAGGAGUCUGCUCACGGCCGGAACCCAAAAGGGCUGGGCCUGAGGUGGAGGAGUCUGCCUCAGCAGGGCUUGAGCGGACCAAGGUCUGUGGCGGUGGUAUCUACCGUUUGCGGUCGGAGAUCCGCUUCAGCUGAAACCAGUGUGGGUGUAACGAUGGAGUCGGGCUGUGUCUGGCAGGCGGAUCCACGGGAAAUGAGGCCGUGCCUGACAUCUAUUGAAAUGUGCAGUUUUGUUUCAGAUGCAGAGAACAUACACACUCAUGUCUUGUUGUUGCCACAUACCCAUAAGGCCUUGCGGCGUGUGGAGUGGCGUCCGAGUGAGAAGCGGAAGGUGUCCUCGGGGACGCUCUCCCCCCGCCACGCCCAGACGGGGGGUCUGAAGAAGGCCGCCUCCACGCCCGCCCCCAUGCCCGACGACAGCCCCGCCCCCACGCCCGCCACGGGCGUGGCCAAGCCAGUGCCCCGCCCCCCCAUGCAGCAGGCGCCAUGCACGGCGGAGAUCAAGACCAUCGGGGCCUUCCCGCCACUCAUGCGCGCCGUCUCCUGGGAUACGGUGGGCACGCUCAGCCUCCGCAACGACUCAUACAGUCCCGCCCCCAAGGGGGAGGAGCCAGCCGCAGCCCCGUCCUUCAGCAAGAUGUCGGGAUACAAGGACUUCCCUGUUCCACCCGUCAACCUGCAGAAGCUAUCCAAACUCAGAGAGGAACACAAGCUGAUACGGAACAACAGCAUCUCCUCCACUAAGCUGCCCGAACUGUGUGAGACGGCCGAGCAGGAGAGAGGCCCCUCCCCCUGCCCGGUCCCUGACUCCGCCCAGGAGGAGGAGUCUAAGGAGAAGACUGACGUGCUACCCAGCAUCUCUGAUGUCAUGCUGCGCAAACUCAAACUGCACAGGGGCCUACCUGGCUGUGCACCACCUCUCUCAGAGAAGGAGGUUGAGAAUGCGUUUGUGCAGUUGUCUCUGGCGUACCGUAAUGACAGCUACACGCUGGAGACGCGGCUGAAGCAGGCGGAGAGAGAGUGGAACCUCACUGAGGAGAACACAGAGAAAGAGCUGGAGGAGUUCAAGGGCUCACUCAAGGGUACAGCGUGUCUAUGGCAGAGUCUGGAGCAGAGGGAGUCCUACCAGCGCCUCCUAGAGACCAUGGCGGUACUGCAGCGCCUGGCUAUCCGCCUGUCCAGCCGAGCUGAGAUGGUUGGAGCUGUACGCCAGGAGAAACGCAUGAACAAGGCCACAGAGGUGAUGAUGCAAUAUGUGGAGAACCUGAAAAGAACCUACGAGAAGGACCACGCGGAACUCAUGGAGUUCAAGAAACUAGCCAAUCAAAACUCCAACCGCUGCUAUGGAGGUUCCAUUGAUACAGGAGAUGAUGGAAUCCCUCGGCCCUCCCGGUCCAUGUCCCUCACCAUGGGGAAGGCAAUGCCACGCAGAAGAGUCAGUGUUGCUGUGGUUCCUAAAUUUAACCUCCUUAACAUCCCGGGCCAGACACCUGGGCAGAGUCCAGGCCAAUUACCUGUCCAGGCACCUGGGCAGAGUCCAGGCCAAUUACCUGUCCAGGCACCUGUUCAGCUACUCACACAGACGCCUGGCACCAGCUGUGGACCCACUUUGGUACAGGGUCCUAGCCCUGCACUCCCAGUCCUGUGUGAAGCCACAGUGAAGACUGCUCCUCCCAGUGAUGCAACACUACACACUGCACCAGAGAGUGGGAAACAGAGUGAAUGUGACUCCGCAGCUCCUGCCAAGAGUCUCAGUGUGGAGCAGAUCCGCUCUGAGCUGAAGGCCAAGAUAGAGGAGGAGGCUUACAAAAAAGGGUAUGAGGAGGGUCUGAAGAGGCUGAAAGAGUUGAAGGAGGAGGAGGAGAAGAAGACGGACGACACUACUAAGGAGAAGAAGGAGGAGAAAGAGGAGGAAGAGAAAGAGAAGAGUGAGGAGGUGCCAGGAGAGAGGGAUGAAGAGGCGCACAGAGAGAAGAGAAGCAACAGUCGGCUCUGGGACCUCUUGAGCGUUGUGGAGCGUUCCUGUCCUAAGGUUCUGUGGCGGAACCGUGUCAUGUGGGUGGCGCUGACGUCCCUCCUGGUUCUUUUGUUCCUCUUCAACCUCCUGGGGUUCCUUAGCAACAGCUCCGUCGCCCUCGGCGACGCCUCAUCAGAGACAGCAGACGCCCCGCCCACCCAGAACAAACUGUUCGGACUCAACGUGGGCUCAAAGGCCAAACAAGCUGCCCAAGAAUAACACACACAUGCACGCGCGCACACACACUCCUGCCUUCUAAAGACUACCCCUACCUACUUGAAUUCUGAGCACACACACACACAUGUAGAUGAAGCCAGAGAUGUUUACCUGCUCUUGUCCACUCUGUUAGUGCUGAUGACUCUGAUCUGGUGCCUCAGGUAGUGGGGUGGAGUUUGAUUGUGAGAUAUUUAAGUUCAAGUUUGAGGUUUUUAUGAUACUAGAUGUUCUUUUUCUCUCUUGCUACUCUGUUGAUGUGUAUUUAAGUGCUGGUGUGUAGAGGAUGUGAGUGUUGUGUGGGACAUGAUGUCUCUGCUGCCCCCUAGAGGCCCUGUGCUUGUUUGCGACUGAUCACCCUUCACUGUGUGCAUCACCUGUGUGUCUGCGGUGCCUACACCCCACUGAACCAGACCAAUAAAGUUCAUCCACCACCA